UAACCGCUGCUGUAUCCACCAAUCACGAUGGCCAGAGGCGAAAUAAGCCAAGAACAUCACAUAAUUUAUAUCAAAACGCAGUAAAUCCUGUGAAAUUACCAGUUCCACAAUCAAUUUCUACAUGUAAUUUCAAUUUUUCAUCAAAACCCAUUUUCAAAAGCUAGGUUUAGUGAUGCCACAAUUUCCUUAACAGGUUCACAAAUUAUUCAAAGGUAAUAAGUGUGGAGAGCUUAGAGGUUAGUGCUCACCAAGAGAAAGGAGAUCGCCGAAAACAGCAAGUUCUAGCCGGAAAUAAAAUUGCCCUUCUCCUUUAUUCUUUUCGUCUCUCGAUCUUAAGCCAAAGAAAAAGGAGGUCGAAGGUAAAGAAAGAGGAGAGGAGAACGUAAAGGUAAAGAAACUGGAGCAAGGCCAUGGCUUAUGGCGGCGCAGCCACUACAAUGACUGGAGCAGCAGCUCCAACUAUUAAGCAAGUGAAAUUGGAGAGAGAAAGCGAGCUUAGAAUUGAAGUGGCAAACGACACACCGCUUCGCCUUAGGUUACUAAAUGGCACUGCUGAGAUAUAUGGCACCGAGUUACCUCCCGAAAUGUGGCUCACCUUCCCUCCUCGCUUAAAAUUCGCUGUGUUUACUUGGUAUGGAGCUACAAUAGAGAUGGACGGUCCUACUGAAACUGAUUAUACUGCAGAUGAGACUCCAAUGGUUAGUUAUGUAAAUGUUCAUGCUGUUCUAGAAGGAAGAAGAAAUCGUGCCAAAGCUUCAUCUUCUAAUGGUCUCGAGUCUUCUCAGGGUCCCAGGGUGAUUGUUGUGGGACCUACAGAUUCUGGAAAGAGCACCUUGUCAAGAAUGCUUCUCAGUUGGGCAGCUAAACAAGGUUGGAAACCUACUUUUGUGGACUUGGACAUUGGCCAAGGGUCUAUAACGAUUCCAGGAUGUAUUGCUGCUACCCCUAUUGAGCUGCCUAUUGAUCCAGUGGAAGGCAUUUCUCUUGAUAUGCCACUGGUCUACUUCUAUGGGCACACAACACCCAGUCAAAAUGUAGAUUUGUAUAAAGCACUUGUAAAGGAGCUUGCUCAAAUACUGGAGAGACAGUUCACUGGAAAUGCUGAAUCUCGUGCUGCAGGAAUGGUGAUCAACACUAUGGGAUGGAUAGAAGGUGUGGGCUAUGAGCUGAUUCUCCAGGCAAUUGAUACAUUUAAUGCAAAUGUUGUUUUGGUUUUAGGUCAGGAAAAGCUUUUCAGCAUGCUCAGAGAUGUAUUAAAGAACAAGCCCAAUGUGGAUGUUGUGAAACUUCAGAAGUCAGGCGGUGUUGUGUCCAGGACUUCAAAAGUCCGCCAAAAGGCCAGGAGUUACAGGAUCAGGGAAUACUUUUAUGGCAUUGCUAAUGAGCUCUCUCCUCAUUCAAAUAUUGCGAAUUUUAAUGACUUGUUUGUAUAUCGAAUUGGUGGUGGGCCACAAGCCCCAAGAUCAGCUCUGCCUAUAGGUGCAGACCCUGUUGCAAACCCUCUUAGAGUUACUGCUGUGAAUAUUGAUCGGGAUUUACUUCAUGUUGUUCUUGCUGUUUCCUAUGCCAAAGAACCUGAUCAAAUUGUUUCAAGUAAUGUUGCUGGGUUUAUAUACGUCACAGAUAUUGACCUUCAGAGGAGGAAAAUUACAUAUCUUACACCAACAGCUGGUGAACUCCCAAGCAAGUAUUUGAUCAUGGGAACCUUAACAUGGCUCGAAACUUGAAGUGCAUCAUUUAGUAAGCCUUUUUUAAACCUAAUUUAGUUGUUGACAGAUGACAGACACCCUUAACUUUUACAUCGGUCCAUUAUAUCCUUUAAUUUGUAUAAUUAUACUUGUUUUUUUUUUUAAUAUGUAUAAUUAUGCUUAUUGAACAUUUCAAUCUAUGAAAUUGUAUUUAUUAAAUAUUUUA